CCGAAACAUUCAGAACCUGAAAAUUGAAUUCCUGAAUAUGCUGGUGGAGAACAUUCUCAAAGGGACGCCGAGUCGAAAGAGAUUGAAGUCAUCCCAGAGUGUGGCUGCGCUGUGGUUACGUUUACUCGCAGCAAAGACGCAGUGCGAUUCAUUGAGGCUUGUCCAGAGUACUCAAUGUUCAAGAGGAAAAAUCUAGAAAUCAGUCCACUUGAGACGACUGCAAAGGUGAAAGUAGAAGAUUUAACUUCAGACAUAAACUCGGACUAUAUCAGUCUUUAUUUUGAAAAGUAUGGGGACAUAGACGGAGACGUGAAAAUGCUCGAAGAUGACGGAUCAGCUAUAAUUACAUUUCAAAAUAAUGAAGUUGUGAAGAAAGUUCUCGGGAAACAGCAUGAGAUUCGAAAAAACCACCUUGUCAAAGUUUUUCCAUACUAUGAAUCACUGGGAGUGGCACUCUAUGGUAAAGACAGGCCCAUGUUAAAACUUCCAGAAUCUUUCAUCGAAAAUAUUGAUAAGUCUGUCUGGAAAUUUCUCCAAGAACACCAAAAAAUAUUGGACCCAAUCAUGAAACUCAUGCAUCAGCAUUUAUGCCAUGUGGAGUUUCAAGAGCCAGCUGUAAGAAUCAGUCCUCUAGCUUCCAUCCUUCAGCAAGGUGUUCAGACGAGGAAACUCAUCCAGACGUGGCGGGAGAAGGCCUCUGCUGAGUUCACUACUGCGAUGUCCGAAUAUAGUUCAGUAGAAAUCAAGAUUGAGAGAGAUGCUUGGGCGGAACUGGAGGCAGAACUUUUAAAAAAAUUGUCGUCUGAACCUGUUACUAUGAUCCUUCAGGAAGGUCAAGGAACGAUAAUCGUGGCAGGCCUUGCAGGCGAUGUACAAAGAAUUGGGGAUGUUUUACAGAGUACUGUUAAUGUGGUUACUCAAAGAAUCCAAAGAGAGAAGAACAGCAUUGAAGACGAGGUCUCUAUUAGUCCUUCUUUUUAUGAGCUCAUUAUGAAGGGUGGUUUGGAGAACGAAUUCAGCCAGGGCCUUCCAGAACUCAAGCUGAGAUACAACGCUUCAGGUCAAAAUGUACUUCUUUUUGGGAUAAGGCAAGAUGUUUUAGAGGCAAAGAGUAAGAUUUUGCAGGAGGUUUUGGGCUUAAAUAAGGGACUGGUAGACCUCGACCGAUCGAUUGUUCAGUUUCUGAUUUUGAGUAACAUUGAGGAAUUGACCAAAGAACUGUUCUUAUCGAAAGGAAUCCAUGCAUCAUUGGAAAUUAAGGAAGAACAGGUAUAUAUUGUUGCUAAGACAGAGAAGACCUUAAAAGACAGCAGAGAUCAGCUGAGAAUGCAAUUAAGUCAAGCAAGCAUCGACAUAAAGGAUCCGAGCGUGCUCAGGAAGGCAGGAUGGUACGAUCUUGUCGACGAAUUAAGUAACAGAGUCAAUUCGUCUUUAAUGACAAUUCUAAUCAACACAUCAGACAGCCAAGUUGUUAUUUCUGGAUUUAGUGAAUCGGUGCAGUUAGCUCAAAAACAGCUGUCUGAUUACGUUCUGAACAAUUCCCACAUUACCGUGACCCUGCGGACUGAUAAGAUGAUUGUGAAUUUUAUUCAGAAGCACAGAAGGGACUAUUGGUGUGAACUUGAGAAAAACAACAUCAAGAUCAGCUUUGAGAACGAUACAAUCUUAUUGAGUGGCGCUAGGCUUUGUGUCUCUGACUGCAAGCUUGCCUUCGAGAGCUUACUUUCGUCGAUUUACUGCUCCAGCUUCAAAAUAGAUAAGCCUGGUGCCAAGAAGUAUUUUAAGAACAAGGAAUUUACCAUCCUCGAAACAGCCAAGCGCCAAACGGGGUGUGUGAUCGACAUUGUAGAGGAACACGACCUUUUUUCUUUAAAACCUAAUGGAAAAAAGAGAGUUCGUACCCCCGACGGAGUGGAGAUUGUUGUCAACAAAGGGGACAUGUGCUCCUAUCCUGUAGAUGCCAUAGUGAACGCAGCCAAUGACAAGCUCGAACUGAGCGGCGGUCUAUCAAAAGCACUUUCAGACGCUGCAGGACCACAACUGCAGGAAGCCUGUAAACAGAUUAUUAAAAAGCGAAAGCUGAAUACAGGCGACGUGGUCAUUACCGAAGCUGGUAACUUGCCUUACAAGCAUGUAAUUCAUGCAGUAGGGCCAUACUAUGAUAGUUCCGAUCCUCAGAAAGCAGUGAACCUAUUGAAAACCGCUGUAAGGAGGAGUCUGAACCUUGCUGACCGAGAGAAUUGCGAGUCAUUGGCGAUACCAGCCAUUAGUUCUGGUACCCUCGGUUUCCCGGUAGGCCUUUGUGCAGACACGAUCGUUGCCGCACUGAAAGAAUUCCUUGAGCUCAUGAACGGGGACACGUGCUUAAAGGAGGUCCAUUUGAUUGACAAAAAUGAAAAAACCAUUGAGGCUUUGGAAGCUGCAGUGCAAAAUGUGUACGGGGGCAGUUCCACAAGUCAGGGCCCAACAUUUGAGGGCAAUUCCAGCAGCCAACCUCAGCACCCAAAACCAUCCACCCCCUCGAACCAAGGGUCUCCUCAGACUGUCAAGACGAACGAAGGGUUGACUAUUACUCUUGAAAAGUGCAACAUUCAAGACACCUCAUUGGAUGUGGUCGUGAACUCUGUAUCAGCCGACUUGGCCCUCAACCAUGGAGCCGUUGCACAAGCCAUUCUCACUGCAGCAGGACCCCAGAUUCAGAUACUUCUUAACCAGCAGGGUACAGGCCCUGCAAAAAAUGGAGCCAUCUUUGUCACUCCUGGAUGCAAUCUAAAGAACAAACUGGUGUUCCAUGCCGUAGCCCCACACUGGAACCAGGGUCAAGGUUCUGAUAAGACGUUGGAAGGUAUCAUAGACGAUUGUUUAGGUCGGGCGGAACAGCAGAAACAGAGAUCUAUUGUUUUCCCUGCUAUUGGAACAGGGAACUUGGGUUUUCCAAAGCCGCUGGUGGCCUCCAUUAUGCUAGAUGGAAUUCUUAAGUUUAGCAAAAACAGGACGUCGCGCCAUGUCGAAGAAGUGAUGAUUGCUCUCCACCCUAGUGACCAUCAAACUAUCCAGGCUUUUACAGAUGAAUUCAACAAAAAGUUUAACCUCCAGCCUUCCUCAGCAAGUGGCUCAAACAAAGGCCCGUUUUCGAAGGUCACUUCACCAAAAGCAGGGAUUUAUGAGACUACAAUGGGAGGAGUUGUGAUUCAGGUUCUCAGUGGUGACAUCACUAAGGAGAAAACCGAUGUCAUUGUGAACUCGUCCAAUGAGAAUUUUACACUGAAAUCGGGUGUCUCAAAGGCUAUUUUAGGCGGAGCCGGACCGACCGUUGAAGCCGAGUGCCUUCAACUAGGCGCACAACAAAACCAGGGACUGAUAAUGACUCAGCAAGGCAACCUGCAAUGCAAAAAAAUCAUCCACGUUUCAGCAAAAAGCAAUCUUGGGACAAUCCAAAAACGAGUCAUGCAAUCAUUAGAAAUGUCUGUGAAGCACGGGUUCACGUCUGUUGCCUUCCCUGCCUUUUCAACAGGUCAGGGUGGAGUUAAUCCAGGCCAGGUGGCAGAUGCCAUGAUGGAUGCUUUAAUAAUCUUUUUGAAGCAGACUCCACAGUCUUCCCUCAAAACGGUGCGCAUGGUCAUCUUUCAGGCCCCCAUGUUGGUCGAUUUCCAUCAGAGUAUGCUGAGUAGAGAAUUUGUUGAAAAACAGAAGAACGAGAGCGCCUGGUCAAGACUUACUUCAGCAUUUACCAAAGCGUUUUUUACGAGCCACAAGCACCAAGACGCCAAGCCAUCGCAAGAGACCGACUUUGUAAUUGAGGAGAAGGUGGUGACCGCGGUUUUCUUCUCCAUCUGUGGGCAGUCCCAAAGUGCAGUGGAGGAUGCCAAGCAGUUUCUUGAAAAGGAAAUCUCCCACGAACAGGCUAUUCAUCCCAUCAACGACGAAAUGAUCCUCAGAUUGUCCGAUAAAGACAAACAACGAAUUCAGGAGCUGCAAAGAACCAUGGACGUUUGUGUGAAAAUUGAUCGCGAGGUUAAGGCUCAGACGGCCGAUGCGGCAGACCCGGAAAAGGUCACACUUCGAGUCGAGGGUCUCAGCAAGGAUGUCCUGCUGGUUGUAACUGAGAUCAACGACAUGCUGAAAAUGACCAGGGAUGAUGUGAACAAGAAGAAAAACAUGGAGAUAGCCGCUGAGCUGGUGGACUGGCAGUACGAACAGGGUGGCCAAUACCACAGCUUCGACCUAGCUACAAACUUUCAACUAGAACAAGGGCUAAAUUUAAAGUCUCCACAAGUGGACAUCACUUUUCAGAAACAAGUUUACAAAGUCAAAAUGCCAGAAGGUCCGGCUGUGAGUGCAAAUGGUGGGAUUCAGAUGGAAAUCAGGCGUUUUGACAAAACUAAAGCUUCGGAAAAUCUCCCAAAGGAAUGGGCCGACAUGGCACCUGGUGAGCUUUACAAGUUUUGUCCACUGCAAGCUAACAGCAAAGACUACAAUUAUGUCCUGGGAGAGUUUAAAAAAACCUGUAACAGAAAUGUUAUUGAGAUUAAACGGAUCCAGAAUCCUCGCAUGUGGAAGAACUACCAGAACAACAAACAAUAUAUGGACCAAAUGAACGGCCAUCAGAACAACGAGAAGAUGCUGUUUCACGGGACUAGACAAGAUUCAAUAAAUCACAUCAAUCAGAAUGGGUUCAACCGGAGCUAUGCAGGGAAAAAUGCCGCAGCGUAUGGAAAAGGCACGUACUUUGCGCUCAAUGCAAGCUACUCUUCCAGCGACACCUACUCAGUACCAAAUCCACAAGGACAGAAGCACAUGUAUUUCUGCCGAGUUCUCACCGGAGACUAUACACUUGGAAACUCCUUGAUGAUCGACGCGCCCGCUAAAUCUGCUAAUGGCACAGAUCUGUAUGACACUGUCGUUGAUAACACCGCUCAUCCCACCAUCUUUGUGGUUUUCCGAGAUUACCAUGCGUAUCCGGAUUAUUUAAUCACUUUCACUUGAACGUCAUACUGAAAAAAGCUGCAUGAUUCAUUAACACAAAUCUCAAUAGAGUGCCUUGUAUAUAGUACCUACAGUAUGUAGUGUUGGAACCUGGAACCGAAAUGGACUUAAAUCGGAACGUCGUGCAUCUAGACAUAAUAAUCCAUUAUUAAUGAACUCUGGGGGGCUCAAAGCAUGGUCUAAACUCACUUUUUGUGAACAAAUAUAUCCUUUCAGUGUACAUGCUUCACUAUGGGGACUGGUAUGUUCUCAGGGAGUUUUUAAGCUAAAAUGAUUGGAUUUCGACCAUUUAUCCUUCAAAAUGCCAAAGAAAUAACAACAAACAACAAAUAUUUUUCUGGCAACAACAACAACAAAAAAAUAAUUUCUAUUUCUCACACAUUUUUUGCUAAAACCUUUUUUUUUUUUUUUUUUUUUAGAUUUAAGGCUAUGGGUGUCCUGGGGCUAUAUAACUUGAAUAAUAAAAAAUAGCAGUCUAGUCAGAAAAGCAACCACGAUACCACGGGUAACUGAGCAACCAUAAUGAGUAAUGCAACCACCACCAUGCUUCACUGCACGGACUGGUCUUUUCUCAGGGAGAGUUCCAGCAAAUGUGUGCUUUAUCCCUGGGUUUAGACCAUGCUUUGAGCCAUCAAAAAGCAUUUAGCCAAAGAAAUAACAGUAACAGAAAAAAUAAGAAUUUCUAUUUAUCACGCUUUUUUAUUUUAUCUAAAACCAACCUUUGUGGAGAGUCUAGGUAAUGCUUGUCCUGUGUUUCCUGUGCACUCUGGAUCUCUUCAGGUUUUUCAGACUUUUCUUUCUCUUCUUGAAUGCUUCCAUGGACUUAUCCUCCCCUUGCCUGGUCAUUUGGUGGAUAGUUUCCAAGUUUUCAUAAUAAAUUUAUCUCCAGGAUAUCCAAAA